UAAGGGCUUGGACUACUCAAAAAGAGCCGGGAAGUGGUGAAAUAAGAAGGAAGGAGUAUGUUUGUUUUAAACAAGGAAAAUCUCCAAGAAUCGCGGAUGUUGGAAAUAAAAGACGUCGAGGAAGCGUAGCUGAAGAUUGUCAUGCCAAAAUUACAGUUUUAAAAUCAACCUCUGGAAAAUACAUUGUUACUAUUUUUAAAGAAGAGCAUAGUCAUCCGCUAUCAACACCAUCAAAGGUUCAUCUUUUAAGGUCUCACCGACACGUUUCAGCCACAACAAAGUCUUUAACUAAACAGUUAUCAAUGGUGAAUAUACCUCAGCAUCAACAAUUCAGUUUUCUUGGAGUACAAUCUGGAGGUAUAGAAAAUAUUGGGUGCACUCAAAGAGAUUUGUAUAAUCAUGAAAGGGAUACACAGGCUGAUUCGAAGGGGCAUGAUGGUCAAAUGUUUUAUGAGUAUUUAAAACUGGAACAAGGAAAGAAUCUCGGAUUUAAUUUUCAAAUUGAGGCCGAUGAGGAACAAAAGAUUACUCGUUGUUUUUGGUCCGAUGCAAGUUCAAGACGGACGUACAAUUUCUUCGGUGAUGUUGUAAUCUUUGAUACUACGUAUAAUACUAAUCGCUAUGGCCUGAUAUUUGCACCAAUAAUGGGGGUUAACAAUCAUGGUCAAACAGUUGUUUUUGCUUGUGGAUUUUUGAAUCAUGAGAGCGUUGAUGAUUUUGUAUGGUUAUUUAAUAAAUUUUUGGAAAGUAUGCCUCGUGGUGCCCCGAAGAUGAUUAUUACUGAUCAAGACCCAGCUAUGACAAAGGCAUUCCCUCAUGUUCUUCCAAAUACUUUUCAUAGGUAUUGUAGUUGGCAUAUAUUAAUGAAGUUUUCUGAGAAAAUUGAUGCUGUGAAGUAUAGUAUUUAUAAAAGUGAGUUCUCGGCUUGCAUUUGGAAAUCAGAGACUCCUGAAGAAUUUGAUUUACAAUGGGAAAGUCUGAUUAAGAAAAGUGGGUUAGAAGGAAACAGGUGGUUGCAACCAAUAUGA